CGCCCUCCCCCCAAAUCAAUCGCUCUCUGAAACCCUACCCUGUCCCAUUUCGCUCUCAUCCUCCUGCUCGCAUGGCUGCCACCGUGGUCGAAUCGAUGGCGAUUUCCCGCCUGGCCCCGUCAGCCUCAGCGCCGAGGGCGGCAGCCGUGUCCCAGGCUUCCUCUCCCCGCGGUCGUUGCGACACGAGGCUUCUCCCUGGCUUCAAUGGCCUGAGGAUGUCCUCGCGUGUUCGCCCGAUUUCGCCCGCGAAGCGGCUGGCCGGCAGCUUGAUGGCGGUCCGCCGCGGCGCCGUGGUUUGUGAGGCCUCGGAGGCGACCAUCCAGCUUCCUGAAGUAUCUAAGAUGACUUGGCAGUCUCUUGUAGUGGGGUCUGAGAUGCCGGUGCUUGUAGAUUUUUGGGCUCCAUGGUGUGGUCCUUGUCGUAUGAUUGAGCCAACCAUUGUCAAGCUAGCGAAGGCUUACGAAGGAAAGCUCAAGUGUUACAAGCUCAACACAGACAUCAACCCCGACAUAGCUACACAGUAUGGUAUUCGAAGCAUCCCCACUGUGAUGAUAUUCAGAAAUGGUGAAAAGAAAGAUGCUGUGAUUGGGGCUGUGCCAGAGGGUACCCUUGUUUUGACAAUCGAGAAGUUUGUAGUGAGAUAGACACAUUUGUGUUCUGGGUACUGGACUCUUGGAUUUCAAAAGGCUAUCAUCUAUGUGAGUCUGGGCAAUUUUCUCCUUGUAAUAAUACUGUACAUGGUGAACGAUUUGCUCUAGUUGGAUAUCCUUCAAUCUGCUACA